GGUGGUGGGUGUGUCCAACAGGAUGCUGAGUCCCUAUAACAUUGCUCUGAGAUCUCCAGAUGCAAUGUGAGCGCUCCUGAGGUCUUCACCUGCAGACCAAAGCAGCAGCAGUAUACAGGCAUAUAUGGCUACUUUGUCCUCAGAUUUUGUGGAGGAUAUCAGCAAAGAUGAAUGCAAAGAGGAUGAAUUGGAGGAGGAAGAGGAAAUAGAAGUUAGUGAUGAAGAAAAAGAAGAGGCUGAGGAUAAAUCAGUCAUUCAGCAGCAGAAGAAACCAGCCUGGGCUCCAUGUUUCUUCUUCAGAACAGACAGAGAGGUGUACUCCUAUGUUGGGCAGGAGAUCAUCAUUGAAGAGGGUCUUGACUCCUAUGCCGGCAUGAUAUGGCCAGCUGCUCUGGCUCUCUGUCAUUACCUGGACACUCAUCGUCAACAGAUCAGCAUGGUUGGCAAGGCAGUCCUGGAGAUUGGGGCAGGAACCGGCCUUGUGUCUAUUGUAGCAACACUCCUCGGUGCCUGGGUGACAGCCACAGACCUCCCAGAGGUCCUGAACAACCUGAGAGUGAACCUGAACAGGAACACCAGGGGACGCUGCAGAUACACACCUCAGGUGGCAGUUCUACCUUGGGGCUACAACCUGGAGGACACCUAUCCUACAUCUGUGUAUCGCUACGACUACGUCCUGGCCGCUGAUGUGGUCUACCACCACGACUUCCUGGACGAGCUCUUGGCCACCAUGAAGCAUUUCUGCAGACCAGGAACCACGCUGAUCUGGGCCAACAAGGUCAGGUUUGAGACUGAUCUGACCUUCACAGAGAACUUUAAAAAGGCUUUUAAUACCACACUGCUGCUAGAGGACGGAGAGAUGAAGAUCUUCAUGGCGACAUGCAGAGAAGAAGGGGAAAAGGGGGUUGAUAUGACUGAAAUCCAAGAUCUGGUGAGAGAGACAGAGGAAGAGGAUGGCAGAGAGAAUGAAGAAGAUGAAGAGGAGGCAGAACCUCAAGGAGUAAACACAGAGGAAUGGAAAGAAAAAGAAAAUGAUGUACAUGAAAUCCCAAUGCCAGAAAAAGAACAUAAUGAAGAAGAAAAAAUCCUGUAUGACUUGGAAGAAAAAGAACAAAAGGAGGCAGAAAAAGAAGACGAAGAAGAAACAGAUGAAGAGGAUAAAACGAAGGACGAUGGGUCAAGUUGUAGCUCAGCAAACAAUGAACAUCUGUCAGAAGAAACACACAUGAAACAAACAGCAGUGCAGCAGGACACCAAACCAGCCUGGGUCCCCAGCAUCAUCAGCAAAUUUGGUAGGGAUAUCUACCAUUAUGUGGGGGAGGACAUCGUCAUUCAGGAGUCCAUAGACUCUUAUGGAGCAGUGAUGUGGCCAGCUGCGUUGGCUCUGUGCUCCUUUCUGGAAAACAACAGGGAGAGGGUGAACCUGAAGGGGAAGGAGGUGCUGGAGCUGGGAGCAGGAACAGGACUGGUGACCAUUGUGGCCAGUCUGCUGGGAGCUUCAGUCACUGCUACAGACUUACCUGACGUGUUGGGCAACCUGCGGUCUAAUGUGAUGAGGAACACCAGGGGGCGCUGCAGAUACACACCUCAGGUGGAGGUUCUCUCCUGGGGCUACAACCUGAAGCAUACCCACCCUACAUCUGUGUAUCACUACGACUACAUCCUGGCCGCUGAUGUGGUCUACCACCACGACUUCCUAGGUGAGCUCUUGGCCACCAUGAAGCAUUUCUGCAGACCAGGAACCACGCUGAUCUGGGCCAACAAGGUCAGGUUUGAGGCUGAUCUGACCUUCACAGAGAACUUUAAAAAGGCUUUUAAUACCACACUGCUGCUAGAGGACGGAGAGAUGAAGAUCUUCAUGGCAACUUAUAGAGAGUGAGAGACGAGAAGACAUGAAUAGACUCAAGAUCUCAGCUAUGUUAAAGAGGUAUACUGCACUACUGCUACUUUAAAUAGAGUUUCAAUUUCACUUAUACUAACCCCUUACAGUGAAUUUUUGAAAUGUGAAUCUAAGGGUUAAACUAGGACCCUAAGAGACCAGAAAAGCUUAAUUUUAGAUAAGCGAUUUAUUAUUAUUAUUAUUCUACAUUAUGUUAUUAUUAUCAAAUCUGUUCAAUUUUCUCCUCUAGACCACUGUAUGUUCUUAUUCAGAGUUACUUUAGCCUCAUAGACAGGGUAAUAUUUAGUCACAAAAAUAGUGCUCAAGUUUCAAGCUCCUGUGAAUAAUAUUUGGUUUCUGUUGAUUUUGGUGCACUCUCCCCUUUGGCAUAGCAGCACAUCUUACUUCUUCACUGACCUUUUUUCCUUUAUAAUAAAAAUAUAUAUAUAUAUAUUUAAUAUUAUUCUUACAUUAGAUAUUUCCAGCAGUUUUAAAAGCAUGAAAAACCCAUGACCCCUGUAACAGUGUGACCCCACUUGACAUUUCCAAGCAAUGUAGGGAAGCGCUUCUAGGCUUGGCCCACCUCAGCUGCUCACUUGUUAUUGUUUGUUUUUUCAACAAAAAGAGUUAAAAGGGUUUUUUUUCUGGGGAACAGAUGGCGUACCGGUUUGGGUGCUGUCCCAUGUAUGGAGGCUGGUCUUCCAGGUUGGCAGGGCAGGUUCAAAUCAGAGCUCUAUUGCUGCAUGUCAUUCCUCAUGCUAUCUCCCUGAUUUCCUACACUAGCCACUGUCUUGACCUCUCCAAAUAAAGGCAAAACCCCCAAAAUAAUAUCUUAAAAAAAUAAAUGUUAAAAUAUGUAGCCAUAGUGUCUGACAUUGAAUCGCUUCAUGCUAACUUUAAACAGUCAAAUGUGUCAGUUAUUAUAAAUAUUCAUAGUGAAUUGGAAGAAAGAGGGUUGUUUCUUUAGUGUGUCGUGAAUCAUCUUAUUUGAGGCCCACCCCUCUGCAUUUGCUCGCCAAGCUCCUGAAGCAUUUCUGCAGACCAGGAACCACACUGAUCUGGGCCAACAAGGUCAGGUUUCAGACUGUUUGCUUUCAGUCUGUUUCAUCACCAGCUAAAAUCUCCUCACAGGAGCUUUGGUACAUCAUUUUGUCUCAAUAUUAAAGGUCACAUAUUAUGGAAAAUACGCUUUUUCAGGAUUUUGUAGCAAAAAAUAUGUCCCUGGCCUGUCCACAGUCCCUCAAAGAAUCAGACCCCCACCCCCCUCUCCAUCUUUUAGAACGUGUGCUAAAGCCCGAUUUUAGCCAAGAUUUGACUCCCCCGACGAUCAUGGGGGCAUAUACCAACUGUAGCCUUGUCGCAAACGAUUAUUUGUCUUAGUAGUCUGCAUGUGUGUGUGGUGUCAACACGAUUCAUUUACUGCUCCAAAUCGCGUCGUAGCCUCCCAGACCCUGAAUCAUAAAUACCAAACAUGUUUGAUAUUUAUGAUUCUAGGUCGUAGUGCUACUGACAGAGUACCCACAACAACCAAUGAGAGCGAGCACACCGGUAGCAUCACCAGAUGAAUCACACGUACUUUCACCACUCACAACCAUAAAUACAACUGUACCUUAAUUCCAGCCAGGAUUUCAUCCUAAGUCUUCCCCUGUUUUAUGAUUGUUGCUGGACCUGUAACACACACCAGGACCGCCUGUUGUGUAGAGACAGCAAGACGGUA